AUGCUGGAUACUCGGCAAGAAGAUGCAGCUGAGAGGAAACAAAGCAUUGCACUCAGCGCCAGAUAUCCGAGGGUUGCUGUGGCGCUGGGUGUUCCACCACGAUGGCAUAUUCCCUUGAUGCUAUGCCGCUCCCUCUCUACGAUUUCCGCGCUGUGGUGGGCCUGCCAAAUGUGCAUCAGUCUCUAUCGCGUUUUCAUACAGAAGCACGGUCUCCAUGAGGGCGCUCGACGCAAUCGAUUCUCGAAUUCUGCCCCAAGCCAGGUCAAUUGGGCUAUUGCUGUUGCUCAGAUUGGAUUGAGCUUUUUGUGGGCAGGAGCAGCAGCUUACCUCGCCCAUCUCUUCGCUUCCUCCCUUAUGUCGAGAUGGCUUCUUCAUUACUCGCCUUUUGCCGUCUUGGUUCGCCUCUGCAGCAUGUCAAUUCUCUUAUCAUUUGGGUGUAUGCAGGUCUUUCGGGUGUCGGCGGCAACGGAGCCAGAACUCUUUAAGCUCAGCAGGAGUUUAUUGGCGUGGAUCAUCAUUUCCAUUGCUUUGAUGCUUGCUUAUUUCAGCACUCAACAGGAUAUUUCGGUCGAACAUGAUAGGGAUGAUCGUCGACGUCGCCAGCUUCUGCGUCUAAAGUGCUUCUACAGCAACAAGCCUGGCUGUGGGUGCAACGAUGGCCUUCUGGGUGGCGAAAUGAAUUAUGAUGUAUUGCCAACUAGGAUUGAGGAGAAUUAUACUAGAUAUUAUAUGCAUCAGCCGUUCCUCAAAGUCUCCGAAUCAAAUGAAAUUGGUGCCUUGACAGUAGUUCUCGUAAUUGUCAACCGAGCAGUGAUCAAGGUCAUACCCGGAUUCUUCGAGAACGAAUAUGCCAGAGGAUACUUUAUCGAUGGUCGAACACCCUCCUUCAGAUUUCGUCAGGCUACAGCUUAG